AUGUCACGCAAGCAUGCUCGCAAUUCCAUGGUGGAAGAUGUGGUCAUUCCUGCCCAUCUCCUGGCCGCCACCACCCAAGUAAACGGUCCCUUUACAGCUCGGAGUGACGAGGCAUCUGAGUCUGGACCUGGCCCUAUUCAUCAGGCCAUCCGCACUGAGGCAUUGGAACGACAGUUUGGUCAGCUCCGCCGCUCAGCCAGUGUGAACAGCUCACAUCCACAAAAGCCUAAGGAUACUCGCUUCCGGCGCCAGAGUGCACCCUUGAGUGUAGCUGAGAUAUCUACGAUUGCGGAGAUCGAACCAGCACAACUAUCGCCCAAUGGGUCUUCUCAUGUCCAGUGGCAGCAUGGCCAGGACGACUUCGGAGCACACAGCAGACAGCUGAGCGAGUCAAUUCCGGCGACGAGGGGUGACGCGUGGCCUCUUCCACCCCGACCUCACAGUUACCGUAUCUCCCGCAUUGAGCCGACAGAGGAGCCUCCCCAACGGACAAACCGACACAGUAUAUACGAUGUGUACGAGAAGGCCAAAGAAAGGCGUAUCGCCCUGCAGAGAAAGUACUGGGUGCAGGUCCUCUUCGAAUACACGGUGUAUAUCUUCCUUGCAGCCUUCAUCUACUUCGUCCUGAUUGGGAUGCCCCUCUGGCGAGGUGCCGUGUGGUGGCUCUACUACGUAGUGCGUACCAAGUUUGUCAUCCCAGGUGGCUGGGGAAUCACAAUCGGCAUUGCUAUUCUCUACGCGUUCACUCCCUUGCUACUGCUCUUCGAGAAGAACCCUCCCCCUGUGGACAGCAAUUCAAAAGAGGGCGACCUUGAGGGCAAUCGAAACACAGCGAAAAGUACAGCCCUUCUCAUUCCCUGCUAUAAAUCUGCCAACAUUAUUGGCCCGACCCUCGACGCGGCGCUACACAUCUUUCCGCCUGAAAACAUAUUCGUCAUUGCGAACGGCAACUCCCCAGAGCCAUUAGACAACACUGAAGAAGUGUGCCGCCCAUACGGCGUAAACCACCUUUGGUGUCCAGUUGGAAGCAAGAUUAUCGCGCAGUUUGUUGGUUGCUACGCGGCUAAAGAGUUUCCCCAUGUUCUCCUGAUCGACGACGACUGCGCACUGCCUCCGAACUUUCCUGUCGUUAGUGACCGACUCAAAGGCCGUGUACAAUGUAUCGGAUAUACCAUCAAGAGUGUUGGGCCCGAGUCCUCACGCGGCACCUUAUGCCAGCAGGCACAGGACCUCGAGUACAAGAUAUCAGGCCUUCAGCGUGCAUUCGCCGGUCUUUUAGGCAGCGCAACAUUUCCGCAUGGAGCCAUCUCUUUAUGGAAGACCGACUUCCUGAAGCAGACCUUCCACGACCAUCCGGGUUUCUCUGUGUCUGAAGAUUGGUUUUUCGGUGAUAGCUGUCGUCGGCUAGGCGGCCGUAUCAAGAUGUGCUCUGCUGUUUUUGUUGAGACAGAGACCCCAUCCGCCGUCUUCUUCAGUUCAGGCGGCUCCCGAGGAGGAUUCGGCGAGAUGACCAUCUUCAAACAGAGAUUCAUGCGCUGGAACUUUUUCUUUGUCAACGGCAUGUGGUACAAUAUGAAAUAUAUCUUAUGCAGCUGGAAUCUCGGGUUCUGGGAGCUGGGCGCGAAGCUGUUUGUUUUUCAAGAGGUUUACGAAACCCUACUAUACCUCCUCGCUCCCUUCGUCCUACCGAUCUCACUCGUGGUCCAACCAGCAUUCUGCGGCAUCAUGUUGGGCGUCACCAACGGCUUGUACUUUCUAAACGUCGUCAUCUUCAACCUGGUACAUCUACGCCUGAAGAAGGAAGCUGUCUCCUGGAAAUGCUUGCUCCUUUACUAUAUGCCCUACAAGAUUGUCCUCUUCAUCAUCAACGUCGUCAGCUGUUACUGGUCCCUCUUCAAGUACGCCCGGUACUUCGCCACGAGACACCCCAAAGUCAUCGAGGAUGACAAGGCUGUGGAGGUAGUACUGCGUCUAGAAGAUACCACUAAUAAUGAUCCCAAGCCAACGAACAAGGCACCGGGUCUUGGUCGGAGUUUCUCCGUGACUAAGGUCCGGGCAAGGAAGACUAGCAACGCGGGCUCAAAACCGGCCGGGCCUGGAGGUGUUUCUGUUGCUGGUGCUGAGGGCUCUUGGAUUUGA